UUUAGUUUUUACCGGAAAAAACCAAAAAAAUCAAACAUUUUAACCGAAUAAACUAAAAUGAAUAUUAAUUUAAACUAAUAAUUAUAUUUUAGAAUAUUAAAAACAAAAAAAAAAACUUAAAACCAAACGAAUAUUCAGAUUAAACAGAUUUAAUGUAUUUUUAUUAAAAAUAACAAAAAUAAUAAUCACAAUCCACUCAAGGUGCGAAUUAUUACCUGGUUUUAAUCUCGUACCAUGUCGGCCAUGUCUGAUUUUUUUUGUAAAAAAAGGUAAGUUUUAAAUCUUCGUUUUUACGCAAAUGAUGCAUUAGCUUUAACUUCUUUUUUUGGUAGCUCCAAAGACAAAACGAAUAUUCAGUUUCUUCAUUUUUUUACUUGAAAUAAACAAAAGCAAAGUUGCCAUUACGCUUGAAAGCUUCUGAAACUAAUAUUAAAAGACGCAUGCCAGUACGAUUUAGAGAUUAUUUUAAUGCGGGAAAAACGAAUUUCAAACUUCAAAGCUUCUAAUGAUCAAAAAAACUAAUCAUGGUUUGACCAUUUCGUUUAAAUAUUGUUUUCCUGGGAAGAGAAAAAGGUCUGUACCUCUAAUUUUUCUUUCUUUCUCUCUUUUUAAUUUUCUCUCCCUUCAACAAAGUCGCGUUUUUGGACUAAAAUCUUCAGAGGUAUGUGUCUUUGAUUUAGAUCCAUGGUUUCUUCUUUCCAGUAUUCUAGUUAUGCCCAUAUGAAUUGAGUUUUUUUUUAAUAGUCUUAUGGUAUAAUAACAUCUUGUUUGAUGUCUUGUAAGGAUGAUUUAAUGGAUGAAUGAAUCGUCAAGGAGAUGAUGAGGAAGCUUACUAUUCUUGCCAUGUGUAUUCUCCUUCCUCUAACCCUUUGGAUCUCUGAGACAAGAGGGUUGAAUUUAGAAGGUCAAUAUCUUCUUGACAUCAAGAGCAAGUUUGUGGAUGAUUCGCAGAAUUUGAAAAACUGGAAUUCAAAUGAUUCUGUGCCUUGUGGAUGGACCGGUGUGACUUGCAGCAACUAUUCCAACCAAGAGGUUUUGUCACUGAAUCUUUCCUCCCUGGCUCUCUCCGGUAAUCUAUCACCAAGCAUAGGCAGAUUGGUUCAUCUGAAGGAUCUGGAUCUAUCAUAUAAUGGGUUAUCAGGGAAUAUUCCAAAAGAAAUAGGGAACUGUUUAAGCUUGGUGAAUCUUAGAUUAAACAAUAACAUGUUUGGAGGGGAGGUACCAGUGGAAAUAGGAAAGCUUUUGUCUUUGGAGAAGCUGAUCAUAUACAACAACAAAUUCACAGGGUCUCUCCCUAUGGAGAUUGGGAACCUCUUGUCUCUCACUCAACUUGUGACUUACAGCAACAACAUCAGUGGGUCAUUGCCUCGUUCCAUCGGCAAGCUGAAGAAACUAACAAGCUUCCGAGCUGGUCAGAACAUGAUUUCUGGAAGUUUGCCUUCAGAGAUUGGUGGAUGUGAGAGCUUGGUCAUGCUUGGUCUUGCACAGAACCAGCUGAGUGGUGAGAUACCGAAAGAGAUUGGUAUGCUCAAGAAACUCUCACAGGUGAUUCUUUGGGAAAACCAGUUGUCAGGGUUGAUCCCAAAUGAAAUUACAAACUGCACAAGUUUACAAACUCUUGCUCUCUACAAGAACCAGCUUGUCGGUCCUAUUCCAAAAGGACUCGGGAAUCUUGUGUCUUUGGAGUAUUUAUACCUUUACAGAAACAUGUUGAAUGGAACGAUCCCGAGAGAGAUUGGGAAUCUCUCAAGUGCAGUUGAGAUAGAUUUCUCAGAGAACGGUUUGACAGGAGAGAUACCGUUGGAGUUUGGGAAGAUACAAGGGCUUGAGCUUCUUUACCUUUUUGAGAACCAGGUCGUAGGUACAAUCCCUGUGGAGCUUACUAGUUUGAAGAAUCUAACAAAGCUUGAUCUCUCCAUCAAUGCAUUGACUGGUCCUAUUCCUUUGGGGUUUCAGUAUUUAAGAAAGCUGUUCAUGCUGCAGCUGUUUCAGAACUCUCUUAGUGGCAUCAUACCGCCAAAACUCGGCGUCUACAGCAAUCUCUGGGUUCUUGAUCUGUCUGAUAAUCAUCUCAGAGGAAGAAUCCCAAGCUACCUAUGCCUCCAUUCCAAUAUGAUCAUCUUGAACUUGGGAGCAAACAACCUCUCUGGCAACAUCCCCACUAGCAUCACCACUUGCAAAACUCUAGUUCAACUCCGUCUAGCCGGUAACAACCUCGUGGGCCGGUUCCCGUCGAACUUGUGUAAACUAGUUAAUCUCACAGCCAUUGAGUUGGGACAAAACAAAUUCCGUGGUUCAAUCCCCGGAGAAGUCGGAAGCUGCCUCGCCUUGCAAAGGCUGGAGCUAGCAGACAAUGCCUUUACUGGGGAGCUCCCUAGAGAGAUUGGCACACUUAGAGAGCUUGGGACCUUGAAUCUCUCAUCUAAUAAGCUUACUGGAGAGAUCCCUUCUGAAAUCUUUAAAUGCAAGAUGCUUCAGCGACUUGACAUGUGCUGCAACAAUUUCUCUGGAACUUUGCCAAGCGACGUAGGCUCUCUUUAUCAGCUUGAGCUUCUGAAGCUGUCGAAUAACAAACUUUCGGGUACUAUACCUUUGGCUCUAGGGAAUUUGUCUCGUUUAACCGAGCUGCAAAUGGGCGGGAAUCUGUUCCUCGGUAGCAUCCCGAGAGAGUUUGGAAGUCUGACCGGUUUGCAGAUAGCACUGAACCUCAGUUUCAACAAGCUCUCCGGAGAGAUACCUUCUCAGCUCAGUAAUGUUGUUAUGCUUGAGUUACUCCUCCUCAACAACAACGAUUUGUCUGGUGAAAUACCAAGCUCUUUUGCUAAUCUCUCCAGCUUGUUUGGUUACAAUUUCUCAUACAACAACUUGACUGGCCCUAUCCCGCUUCUCCGUAACAUGUCCAUUUCUAGCUUCAUUGGCAAUAAAGGUCUUUGUGGCCCUCCCCUCGACCAAUGUAUCCAAACACAGCCUUCUUCACCUUCUCAGUCAACCGCCAAGCGGAGAGGGAUCCGUACCAGCAAAAUCAUAGCCAUCACUGCAGCUGCAAUUGGUGGUGUCUCUCUUGUACUUAUCGUUGUCAUUGUCUACCUCAUCAGACGCCCGAUGACGACGACUGUCGCUACUUCUAUUCAAGAAGAUGGGAAAUCGUCUGAAACCUCUCUGGACAUUUACUUCCCACCAAAGGAAGGAUUCACGUUUCAAGAUUUAGUUGCAGCCACGGAUAAUUUUGAUGAGAGCUUCGUGGUUGGAAGAGGAGCUUGUGGAACUGUCUACAAGGCGGUUCUUCCCGCGGGUUACACCCUUGCUGUCAAGAAGCUAGCAUCGAACCACGAAGGCGGCUGUGUCGAUAAUAGCUUUAGAGCAGAGAUUUUAACUCUUGGGAAUAUCAGGCACCGUAACAUUGUCAAGCUACAUGGAUUCUGCAACCACCAAGGAUCAAAUCUGCUUCUGUAUGAGUACAUGCCCAGAGGAAGCCUUGGAGAAAUACUACAUGAUCCUUCGGGGAAUUUGGAUUGGUCUAAAAGAUUUAAAAUCGCUCUUGGUGCAGCUCAGGGUCUUGCUUAUUUACACCAUGACUGCAAGCCGAGAAUCUUUCACCGUGACAUAAAAUCAAAUAAUAUCCUGCUUGAUGACAACUUUGAAGCUCAUGUAGGUGAUUUUGGACUCGCUAAAGUGAUUGAUAUGCCUCAUUCAAAAUCCAUGUCGGCCAUUGCUGGAUCCUAUGGCUACAUUGCCCCAGAAUAUGCAUAUACCAUGAAAGUUACCGAGAAGUCUGACAUCUAUAGCUACGGGGUGGUUCUACUGGAGCUGCUAACCGGAAAAGCACCGGUUCAGCCGAUAGACCAAGGUGGAGAUGUGGUGAGUUGGGUAAGGAGUUACAUAAGAAGAGAUGCGUUGUCCUCUGGAGUUCUUGAUGCUCGGUUAAAGCUAGAAGACGAGAGAAUCGUCUCUCAUAUGCUCAAUGUGUUGAAGAUAGCAUUGCUUUGCACGAGUGUGUCUCCCGUCGCGAGGCCAUCGAUGCGACAAGUUGUUCUCAUGCUUAUUGAGUCAGAUAGACAGGAAGGAGACGAACACACGGAUACAGAUUGACACAGAUUACUACAUCAUGAUGCAAUACUGCCAAUAUAUUGUUAUUGUAACUUCUUUUCACCUGAGGUAUUUUUUCUAUGUAAUCAUGCCGGAUAACUAUUGUAAAUUCUAUAUACUAUAUCUAAAGAUAUACCUUCGUGGAUUCUAGGAUUCCACCAUUACCUAUGUAUUUUACAUGGAAUUCAUAUAUAUAUAUAUAGUCUUGGCUGGUAUCAAAUGACGGAAGAUUUGACAGAUAAUACAAUCCAAUAUGCAUCUCUACAAAUUUCUUGAUAACAUUUUCUGGAGAUAGCACUUAUUGAUGGACCGAUUUCUUUUGAUCUAUAUCCAAAUUUUACGGUUUCUCUAAAUGACAAAAAUAUUUUUAAAUCUUUGGUGUUACAAUUAAAACGCAUAAGUAUGAAAUGAUUGAAGGAUCAAUUCCAAUUGAUUUAAUCUUUAGAGUUCUUUACAAGUGGAAAAAAAAAAAAACCUUUUCUCUCUAAGGCGAUGGCGACGGCGUCUUUCUGUUUCUAGGGUUUCUUGGGGUUUGAUGUUGAUUUUCGAAUGGGAUCCGGGGGUCUAUGGGAGUCGACUUGAUCUCUAUCAUUAUGAUAGGAUUGGAGGGAUACAGAAUCAUAACGAAGUAUUGGAAUCAAGGGUUUUCGAAGGAGAACAUGGCAUUGACGGGGUUAGAACAAUGAGGGGGCUUCAAUGGAUCGGGAUUUUUACGCGAUCAGAGGAGAAGAUGAGGAAUUCGGAAUAUCAAUCACGAGAGAGGAGCAUGAGCAGGGGGGGACUGGAGAGCAGAGUAUUCAAGCAGGAGAUGAGGAGAAGAAGAAAGGAGCACGCAAGGCCUUGUUCAAGAGAAUGACGGCGAUCGCAGUAGGGACCUCUAGGAUGAGGUUUGUCCAGGCAGUGCUUCCACCACGAAAGAAUGAUCCUGCUAAGCCAGGGAAGGGUCGGGGAGAAGGAGAUGGAGCAAGGCAGACAGAGGAUAAGGGCCCAUUAAACCCUAAACUUUCCUCUUCCAAACCGUUUAAGACUCAGGAAGUAUUGUGGUGGGGUUGGGGAGUUUUUCAUUCUUUUUUAUCAAUAAGCUAUAUGAGCAUUUCUUUGUUUUUGGGGCUUGGAGUUUUAUGGCAUUGGGUUGGACGUUUGGUUUAUGUAUUUCUAGUUUAUCUGGUUCUGGUUU